UUAUUGUUUUAUUUUAUAUAUAAAACCCAAUCGUGAUCUUAUAUAUAUCUGCUCCAUCCCUUUAUCCCUCAUAGUAUUGUAUUGUGGUAAGAUAGAAUAGACAGAUAGAUAGAUAGAUAGAUCUGUUUUCAACAUGAAUCACUACAAUCAAAACCAGCCUCAAGUUGCAUAUCCUCCACCUGGCACUGCAUACCCUGCAGCAGUAGCACCACCACCACCACCAGCAGGUUAUCCCAUGAGAGAUGAUCAAGUUCAACACCAUAACCCACAACCUCUACCCCAAACCCAAUCCAGGGGUGAUGGCUUCUGGAAGGGAUGUUGUGCUGCCUUGUGUUGCUGCUGUGUAUUGGACGCCUGUUUCUGAUCUGAGGAUGGAUUGAUGUAUUUCGUUGUCAAACUCUCACAUGUCAUAUUUAUUAUUAUAUCGCAAUGUUGUAUUUUUGGAUUGUUAUUUGUCUAAUAAAAAGCGACUUCUGGAUUGUUUAAUUCUCUCAA